ACUAUUUCCCUACUUGUUGUUCUCGCGUCAUGUCGCGAGAGAAUCGCCCGACGCUACAGCGAGCCAAAACGGAGAUCCUCUGGACUCACAAGGUUGCAGAAACGGAGAGGCUCGUCAAGGACCGCGAGCGUGCGAGCAACUGGAAACGCUGGGGACCUUUCCUCAGCGAACGCCAAUGGAGCACAGUACGAGAGGACUACUCCCCGGAUGGAACAUGUUGGGAGUAUUUUCCACACGACCACGCCCGCUCGAGGGCUUACCGUUGGGGCGAGGAUGGCAUUCUCGGCAUCUGUGACCGUCAGUGCAGGCUCUGCUUCAGUGUCGCUCUCUGGAACGGGCAGGACCCGAUUCUGAAGGAGCGCCUCUUUGGUCUGACCGGCUCGCAGGGAAAUCACGGUGAAGACGUGAAGGAGUGUUACUAUUAUCUCGACUCUACUCCUACGCAUUCCUAUAUGAAGGGUUUGUAUAAGUAUCCGUUGUCGGUGUUUCCUUAUACUGAGUUGGAGGAGGAGAACAGGCAGCGUUCGAUUCAUGAGCCGGAAUUUGAGUUGACAGACAGUGGAGUGUUCAAGGAUGAUAACUACUGUGAUGUGUUUGCUACUUAUGCUAAGAAGACGCCCAACGAUGUGAUGAUCAAAGUGACUGUAGCAAAUCGGAGUGCUGAUCCAGCCCGUGUUCAUGUUCUUCCGACGCUUUGGUAUCGAAAUACGUGGAUCUGGGGCUGCCAGCAUGAAGGAUGCACGAUGAAGCCGAAAAUAAAAGCAGUCAGUGACCAAGAGGUCAUUUGCACUCACGAGACACUCGACAAGUUUCAUUUUUAUGCGUGCCCGGGCCCUGAUGGAAGCACAGUGCCAUUGCUUUUUACUGAGAAUGAAACGAAUUCCAAGCGGCUGUGGGGUGUUGAUCAGUAUACUCCCUAUACGAAAGAUGCAUUCCAUAGAUAUGUUAUUAACGGGGAGAAGGAUGCUGUCAAUCCUAAACGCCGUGGAACCAAAGUCACACCACUUUAUGUUCUUGAUCUAGAGCCACAUCAAGAGCAGAGUGUUUACAUGCGGCUGGUGGCUGAGAGUGAACUCGGAGUUGCCGACUCUGCUGCCAUGACAGCCGAUGAGAUUGAAGAUGUUAUUGAAACUCGCAAACAAGAAGCCGAUAACUUCUAUGAUGCUUUACUGCCGAAGGAGUUUGAUGCUGAUCAUCGUCUCGUUGUUCGUCAAGCGUAUGCGGGUCUGUUGUGGAGCAAGCAGUUCUACCACUAUGUUGUUGAAGACUGGCUGGAAGGAGAUCCAGGACAGCCAAAACCGGCUGAAAGCCGACUACAGGGUCGGAACCACGACUGGAGACACUUGUUUAACAGAGACGUCGUUUCAAUGCCUGACAAGUGGGAGUAUCCCUGGUAUGCAUGCUGGGACCUUGCGUUUCACAUGAUCCCUUUUGCACGUAUUGACCCCGAGUUUUCCAAAGAUCAACUUUUGUUGUUCCUGCGUGAGUGGUACAUGCACCCAAAUGGUCAAAUACCUGCCUAUGAAUUUGCAUUCGGUGAUGUCAAUCCACCAGUUCAUGCAUGGGCUUGCUGGCGUGUUUAUAAAAUGACUGGGAAGCGUGGAGAACGAGAUCGACUCUUCCUUGCAAGGGCAUUCCAGAAACUUAUCCUCAACUUCAAUUGGUGGGUGAACAGAAAAGAUCCUAGUGGUAAGAACAUCUUUGCAGGAGGAUUCUUGGGUCUUGAUAAUAUUGGAGUAUUUGACCGCUCUAAACCACUACCGAGUGGAUACGACUUGGAACAGGCUGAUGGUACAGCCUGGAUGGCAUUUUUCUGUGUCACGAUGCUCAACAUUGCUCUUGAGUUGGCUCUAGAAGAUCCCGUCUAUGAAGACAUGGCAUCCAAGUUCUUUGAGCACUUUGUCAGCAUUGUUGGUGCAAUGAAUGCAAUGGCUGAUGGUCAAGGGCUGUGGAAUGAAGAAGACGGUUUCUACUACGAUCAUCUACAAGAGCCUUCUGGUCGUCACGUCCCAAUUAGAAUUCGCUCAAUGGUUGGCCUCAUACCCCUCUUUGCUUGCCUCGUGCUUGACGAUAAGACACUACAGAAGCUGGAGGGUUUCAAGAAACGUCUCCAUUGGUUCCUUAAAUACAAGAAACAUCUUGCAAAGCAUGUGACGACGGGUGCAAUGGAGGGAGAAGACUUCUUCCAUCUCCUUGCUAUUCCCACCGAAAAUCAACUCAGGAGGGUGCUUGACUACCUUCUGGAUGAGAACGAGUUCCUGUCACCGUAUGGAAUUCGAUCAUUGUCACGAGUGCACAAGGACAAACCGUUUUCUUUGAGCUGCUAUAUUGGUGGUGAAGAUGCAGCAGUCCACUACACACCGGGUGAAUCCAACACGUAUCUGUUUGGAGGCAACAGCAACUGGAGGGGUCCAGUGUGGCUAUGUGUGAACUACUUGUUGAUUGAGAGUCUUGAGCGCUAUCACUACUUCUAUGGAGAGAAGAUCCGUGUUGAGUGUCCCAAAGGGUCUGGCAAGAUGAAGAAUCUGCGUGAAGUUGGUCUCGACAUUGCAGAACGUCUUGGUAACAUCUUCCUUGCUGAUUCAACUGGCAGACGGCCAUGCCACGGUGACGAUCCACUCUAUCGUGACGAUCCUCACUGGAAGGAUCUGGUCUUGUUUUACGAAUAUUUUCAUGGUGACUCGGGUCUUGGAUGUGGAGCCAGCCAUCAGACUGGUUGGACUGCUCUAGCUGCUCGUUGUCUAGAGAAGAAAGUAAAGAAGUAGUAAACGUCUGUAUGAACAGACACUGCCCUGUUGCCUAUUAUUUCUUAGAAGCUACUUGAUGGCCGCUGAUUGUUUUAAUUUACUUCAAUUGAUGUGAUGUUGUUUUGUAACUGA